GGGAUAUACACCUCUUGGUGGGGUAUUAGCUCUUAAAGUCUUAGGGACCGGUUUGAAUCUUCCUGAGCCUUCCAAUCGCCCAGAGGCUUCCACUUGGGUGCUAUGGGGUUCUCGAGGCACUCCAGAGUCUCUGCUCAAAAAGUGGACACCGAAGAAACUCGCUGACCCAAUGUUCUACUCUGUAUUGAAGUUUUGUAUACAGGAACAAAGGACGAGAUACAAAGUUAGAGACCUAUUGUCCUACGACUACGACGUCCAGCCCACCGGUGCGGCAAAGAUGGAUCUGAAACUAUGGCUGGAGAAGAAAGCUAAACUGUUUGCCAGCUGGGAACGGUACGUCGAUCUGUUGAUAGAUAACAGAGCGCCCGAGACGCCAGACGGUGAGGUCACCGAAGACUCAAGUUUUGGAGAAGAUACUCCUUUCGACCCUAUGCCCGAAAUUCGGGGUUCAACUACCGUGAGCAUCCUGAAGCUUGGUACUAUCGAGCAUCUCAUGAACCGUGGCUACAAAUUAUCGAGCAAGAGUCAGAAUGAGCUCAUCAAGCAGCUAUUGAAACAAUAUAAACUUGACUCAGCAACAACGUGCAGCCUCUUUGAGGUUGCUCGCACUGCCCAAGACUUUCAAUGUCGUGAUCUUCUCUUGCGCUUGGUUCCCGACAAAGCUUUACCUCAGGAAUCUAGCGGAAAGAAAACCAAGCUACAAAAGAAGAUCGAAAAGCGCGACAGCAGUUAUUUGAUGUUGACGACGAGAAAUUUGCCGUCGUGGCUUUGGAGGGAGAACAAAAACGAGGAGAUCAGAGAUAUGCGUCAGACUUGGAACGAUAGUAAGAAACGUUUCAGGGAAGAGGGUGAGGCUGAUCUAAAAGCUUUGGAAGCCAACACUCGCGCGUUGAAGGUAUGACCAGACAAAUCCUAUCCUACGUCAGAAGAGGCGUGUAAAAUAGUAAGCCGAGCGCUCGAAAGUUCGAACAUUUUUCGGCUCAUAGAUGGGUCGUUAGGCACUUCGCUGCCUAAAACAAUUGAUCAAACGCGGGAAGAGGAAGCUUCAGA